AUGCCAUCAUUGGAUCCAAUUCCGGCCUUGAGAAAUGACCAGAUUGAAGCAAACUCCGACGAUGAAGCGGACCCUGAACUGGUAGAACUUCUUCGCCAGCAUUUCGGUCUGGGCGGCGGACAGGCAAAGGGUGCUCCCCCAGAGACAAAAGUCCUCGAAGGUGCUCAGUACGUCUUUGAUAAUGCCAUUGAUGUUGCUGUCAGUCGCGAGUUCACCAAAGAGGCUGCUGAAACCAUUUGGCGUCUGAUGCAGAAGAAAGAGUACUCUACUCAGACUUGGUCGGAGCACGAACUUCACCCCCAGGCCAAAGAUGAAAGUACGGUUGAUUUUAUCUUCACAAUGGACUUGUUGAACUUUAGUUUCUUCUCCGACGAGGAAGAGGAAUCAAAGCGAUUCUGUAUUGAGUACCGGGGCAAGCUCUGGACUGGCUAUUGGAGUCUAGUUGCUGCUUUACAAAGGGCUCUUGAUGAAGAUAUUCCCAUCACAACCCCUGACUUUUGGGUGAAUAAAGCAAAAUGUACAGAAGAAGUGCUAAAGCACGUUUUCCGGUCUGCGACGGAUGAAGGAAUCCCCAUGUUCAAGGAACGAGUACAGUGUCUGCGUGAGGCAGGCGAAGUUCUUUGCGAAGAAUUUGGCGGCACCUUCGCGAACUGCGUCGACAGUGCAAAUCGAUCAGCAGCAGGUCUUGUGAACCUACUGACCGAGAGCUUCUCGUGUUUCCGCGACGAAGUGAUCUUCCACGGAAGAAGGGUCCGACUCUACAAGCGUGCUCAGAUCCUGGUAGCCGAUCUUUGGGCUUGUUUCAACGGGGAAGAAUUUGGUGAAUUCCAUGAUAUCGACAAAAUAACCAUGUUUGCAGACUACCGCAUCCCGCAAAUGCUGCAUCAAUUGAACUGUAUACGCUACGCGCCCAAAUUAGACAACCAUAUUCGUGAAAUGAAGCCGAUUGAGCCAGGUUCAAACUGGGAGAUUGAGCUUCGUGGAACAAGUAUCUGGUGCGUUGAAUUGAUCAAACGAGAAAUUGAGCGGCGACACCCCGAGGUCAAAAUGAGCGGUAAAAAGCCUCCUACAAAGGCCUUGCCGGAUGAUAAUUCGAAAGCGGAAAACGAAAACUCGGAAAAGAAAGCACUUGAGAUAAUAUGCGGCGACGAAAAACCGAAAAAGACAUAUCGGAUCAACGCUAUCCUUAUCGACUUUUUCCUGUACGAUACGAUGAAAAGUCUUGAGGCAGAGAAAAAUGAGUCCAUUCCUCACCACAGGACUAGGAGCAUUUGGUAUUAA